UGCAACGGCUAUUAUUUCCAACGGUUAGUAUUGAAACGGCUAGCUUUUCCAACGGCUAGUAUUCAAACGGCUAGUUUUCUCACAUCUAUAUAUAUGCGGAUGCCUGGACACUGGAGACCACACCAAACCAUUCUCCCUUCUCUUGCUGAAAUGAGCUCUCUUUUUCGUUUAGACUCCUCAUCAUCGUCAUCGGAUGACGAUGAUGAACUGAUCCUUUCGGCUCUACACAUAGCGCACACGCAGUACGAGGGUACGAGUGCUCCAAGAUGGGGUGGCUCUGUGGUUGGUCGUCAAUAUAUCUAUCGUGAUAGAAUGAGCGGCGCGUGGCGGUUGUUCAACGAUUAUUUUUCGGACAAUCCAGUCUAUGGUCCAACUUUCUUUCGUCGCAGGUUUAGAAUGGGCCGUUCUCUGUUUAUGCGCAUAGUGCAAGCUAUAGAGCAACAUGAUGAUUAUUUUGUGCAAAAGAGGGAGUCAAAUGGUCGCCUUGGGUUAUCUUCUUUGCAGAAGAUUACUGCAGCAUACAUGAUGUUAAGUUAUGGUGUACCGGCAGAUUUUAUGGAUCAAUAUAUUCGUAUAGGUGAAAGUACUGUUAUAGAAAGUCUUAGAAGGUUUGUCAUUGGCAUUAUCGAGGUCUUUGGAGAUGAGUACUUGAGAUCUCCGAAUGAGCAAGACACUGCUAGACUACUUGCAAUUGGUGAGCGUAGGGGUUUUCCAGGGAUGCUUGGGAGCAUUGACUGUAUGCAUUGGGAGUGGAAAAAUUGUCCUACAGCAUGGCAAGGUCAGUAUACUGGUCAUGUUCAUAAGCCCACAAUCAUUCUGGAAGCAUUGGCCUCACAAGAUUUAUGGAUUUGGCAUGCAUUUUUUGGUUUGCCGGGGUCUCAUAAUGACAUCAAUGUUCUUCACCGUUCACAUCUGUUCGGAAAAUUAGCUGAAGGAGAAGCUCCACCGGUAAAUUAUACCAUCAAUGGCCAUAGCUAUUCAAUGGGGUACUAUCUUGCAGAUGGCAUUUAUCCGAAAUGGGCAACAUUUGUGAAGAGCAUGAAGUCCCCGCUUGGCAAUAAGAAAAAAUAUUUCUGCCAAGCACAAGAAGCAGUUAGGAAAGAUGUGGAAAGAGCUUUUGGAGUUUUACAAGCUCGCUUUGCCAUUGUUCGUGGACCAGCCCGUUUUUGGGAUAAAGCCACUCUUAGAAAUAUCAUGAUAGCUUGUAUUAUCAUGCAUAACAUGAUUGUUGAAGAUGAGCGCAAUGAAGAUGAAGACUUCCGCUAUGAUGGUGUUGGCCAACUUGUGCGUCCAUCACCAAGAGAAGUUCGCAAUCGCACACGGGAGUUCCAUGAAUUCAUGCAAGCUCAUCAUGAAAUCAGAAAUGUUCAAACUCACUCUCAACUUCGAGAUGAUCUCAUCGAACACCUCUGGAGUCGUCAUGGAGACAUGUAUUAG